AUGACAUUAGUGCACCAGUGGUACUUUGACGAUGCUGUUUGCGGCUACAUUGCUACCACGCACUCAGACAUCUUCAACUAUACGAAUACCCUCUCCGGGAAAAAAACCAUAGUUGUUUCGUUGAGAGGAACGAGAUCGCUUUCUGAUGUUCUUACGGACUUGAGAGUGGACAUGGUGCCAUUUAAGCAAGUGCACCAUAGGCUACCUCGCUGUGGAGAGAAGUGUAAGGUCCACAAAGGUUUUGCAGCCUAUUUUGAUAACACGCUUGCGGCAAUUGAAGAUACGCUUGUCGCAGAACUUGAUAAUGCUCGCAGCUCUGAGGAUUACGAGCUUGUUGUUGUGGGCCACUCUAUGGGAGGGUCGGUAGCAAUUCUAUUGGCGCUCCAUUUCCUUGGAUUGGGCUAUGAAAAGCUUACGUUGGUCACUAUGGGACAGCCUCUCGUGGGAAACAGCGAGUUCACCACUUGGGCAGAUUUUGUGUUGGGAAGCUACCUUCCUAUGAAGCAUGGUUCUUUCGAAAGAAAGUACCUUCGAGUGAUCCACAAAGGGGAUUUGGUCACACAGGUUCCGUCUACAAGCAGAAACUUUCUCGAUAAGUAUGCACAAUUCCAGAAUCAGGUUUAUCUCAAUGUCACAGGUGGAGAAACGAAUCCGAAGCCCGAAGAAGUUGUGGACUGCUUCAGCGAGACCAACCAGCUAUGUAUUGCCAACGAUUUCAGUGCGUUCCAUUUGGGCAGCAUCUUUUUAAAAAAUUACUAUGUGAAUCACAACACAUAUUUUAGAAACUUGGGGCUCUGUGGACUCAGCCUUGGAUGGAGCGGAGAAUUAUGGUAA